AUGGCUUGCUCAAUAUUGCUAUUCAAUUACGUGAUUCUCAAAGGUCUUCACUCUUUCAUACAAUUUAUAUUCGGAUCACAAGAAGGAGUGGUUUCGAUGACAUGGUUUUGGUUGGAACCGACGCUUUCCUACUUCUUCUCCGUCUUCUGGGUUUUGCCGCUAUUUCUGUUGAGUCGUGUCGUCAAUGCCUUAUGGUUUCAGGACAUCGCAGACCACGCUUUCAGAGGUCGACGUCAAUCAAUGAGGAAUAUUCCUGUCUUUAUCGCUGACACUCUUUUCAGUCUUUUGGUUCAAAUAUUAUUUUUAAUUCAGUCAAUGGUUGUUGAGUUUAUUCCGAUCCCAUUAUUAGGCCAAAUGGCGAGUCUUUUCCACAUCAGUCUAUUAUAUUCUUUAUACUCAUUUGAAUACAAA